UUAUCACCUGGUGUCAACGCUAAUCUCUGUCAUGUUUGCAGUAUCAAACAAGCAAUGAAUCAUGGUGGAUGCCUAACAUCGAUCUGGGUCAAAGGACUAUACAAGUGGUCUGCGAGUCACAGACUGACACAUCGAUGUUUCUAUAGGCCAUAGAUAGAAGCAUCCCAUCUUAGUAUCUUACCACCACUAACCAGUUCACAAAUUACUACAGCACUGGUGGUCAAUAGCGUCUCGCCAUUUCCACGCUUCGGGAUGCGUCAGCCAGCCAAACCCGGCGCACCCAAGGGGCGGUCGCGCCGGGCCGUCGUCGGAGCCAAGGAAAAGGCGGUGGCCGGCUCAUCCCGGCGGCUGUGCUUCGCUGCCGUCCUCGCAGUAACCUUCUUCCUCUACUACCGUUUCUCACAGCUCGACGACCCGUGCCGGGGACGGUACAUCCACGUGUACAAGCUGCCGCCGCGCUUCAACACCGACAUGACGCGCGACGCCUGCCGCGGCGAUGCCAACGGCGGCGGGCGCUGGCCCGCUGGCACCUGCGAGUACAUCGGCAACGCCGGCCUCGGCCGGCCGCUCGCGGACCCGGCCGACGGCGUCCUCACCGGCGAGGACGGGUGGUACGGCACGCGCCAGCUCGCUCUCGACGUCAUCUUCCACAACCGGAUGAAGCGGUACGAGUGCCUCACCAACCACACCGCCGCGGCCGCCGCCGUCUUCGUGCCGUUCUACGCCGCCCUCGACUUCGCCCGCUACGCCGGCCAAGACAACGUGACGCGGGACGCCGCGUCGGUGGACCUGGCGGAGUGGCUCAAGUGGCGGCUCCUGUACGACCGGCAAGGGCAACGGCCCCAGGACGGCCACGACAAUUUCCUCGUCGCCGGGAGGACGGCGCGGGACCUGGCGAGGGACGGCGGCAACUCCGGCGGCCCGAACUGGGGCACGAACCUCCUCGCCAGGCCGGUCGGCCGGAACCUGUCGGUGCUCGUCUUGGAGUCGUCGCUGGCGCCGAACGCGAGCGAGUUCGCCGUGCCGUACCCGACCUACUUCCACCCCAGGACCGACGCCGACGUGUUCCGGUGGCAGGACAGGGUGCGUGGCCUGCAGCGGAAGUGGCUCAUGGCGUUCGUCUCCGGCAAGCCUCGGGGGACGGAGAAGGCAGCAACGGCGACCAUCCACGACCAUGUCAUGGCCCAGUGCAAGGCGUCGGACGCGUGUGGGCACCUGCAGCCGGACCCGGACUGCGCCACCGGGACCGACCACGGGCAGUGCCACUCCCCUGUCGAGGCCAUGCGGCUGCUCCAGAGCGCGACCUUCUGCCUGCAUCCACCUCCAGGCGGCUCGCCCCCGUCCUACACGCGGCGGUGGGUGUUUGACGCGAUGGUGGCCGGGUGCAUCCCGGUCUUCUUCCACCCGGCGUCGGCGCACCUGCAGUACAGGUGGCACCUCCCCGAGGACCACGCCAAGUACUCGGUGUUCAUCCCGGAGGCCGGCGUCCGGGCGGGCACGGCGAGCAUCGAGGCCGUGCUCCGGGCUAUCCCGGCGGCGACGGUGGCGCGGAUGCGGGAGGAGGUGGUGAGGCUCAUCCCGACGGUGGUCUACGCCGAUCCCCGGGGGAAGCUGGAGACUGUCAAGGACGCCUUCGACGUCGCCGUCGACGGGAUGCUCGACAGGGUGGCACGGCUCCGGCAUUAAUUAAUUUUCUCGCACAAAUUUUGUAACGAAGUUUCGUGGACAAUUUUUGUCGCGUAUCCAAACGUUCGUUCGCGUCCAAAUCAGUCGUAUGCGUAGAGAUCAUUUCUGCA